UUGGAGAAGUAUUUUGCUUCUGAAGGAAUCUGCAAACACUGCCCUCCAAUGUGCCAGGAGUGCAUUCACAAUCAAACGUGCAGAGUGUGCACGGAUGAGUUCUUCCUGCAUGAUGGGAGGUGUGUGGAGGAUUGCCCCUCCUUCUACGCCGAAGACAAGCAGUGCUUCCCCUGCCACAGAGAUUGCAAGAAUUGCAAUGGGCCCAACUCAGAUGACUGUAACAAGUGUGCCAUCAGCUUCUUUGUCCUGUACAACAGCAAGUGUUUUGAAGAAUGCCCCGAAGGGACUUACUAUGAAGAAGCGACUGAAGAUUGCCAAGAAAUGGCCUGAUACCGAACCACAAUGGGCAG